CAUUGGCAGCAUCGACAUUGCAAUCAUUCGCUUGGAAUUCACACAUACAAGUUUCAAGUAGCUUCCUUGCUCCCCGAUAAUGGAGUACGUCCCAGCCAAGGAAGUUUUGGUGGCUCGCUACGAGCGUACAAUCGAGAAGAUUGCAGACAACGGAUCUUCGGAAGUCAAGGCUUGGCUUACCAAGCACACUACAAACAACGUCCCAUGGGUCCUUCGGGCACUGCCAGAGUACGUGCAAGUUCUCAAGGACCAGUUUCCUGGAUUUCUGCACGUCAUGAAGCAUUCUCGCAACAGUGGUUGCGUCAACGGCACAGCGCUGCUUUCAAUCGAUGAAAGUGUUUCGACUGUUGAUGCUGAGAAACGUCCAGAGUACCUGUGGAGGACGAUUCAUGGCGAUCAACCUUGCGGAGGAAUCAAGGCCAGAUUGGGCCGAGGAACCGAUCCAAUAUUCUUACACAUUCACUUGCGCAGACAUCAUCGCUGGCGCUGUCGAUAUUUGAGUCCGUUCCUCUCGGCAACCGACAGCAGAGAAAAGGCCAUCCGCAUCGCCACUCUGUACGAGCUGCGAGGAUUUCAGAAUAACACGAUCUUAAGAUUCCGAACCACUGGCUCGGCUUGGGAUCAUGAAGUCCAGCGUCUUUGGGACCCAAAAUCCUUGCUUCGGGACCUCAAUCUGCACGGAGACGUUAUGCCGUGGCUCGACAACGAGUUUCUUGUUGAACAUUCAAUUCCCGAGUCUAGUAUCCAACGCAGAUACAAUUGGCCAAGUGACAAAAGCAUCAUCGAACCAGGUCAACGCUUCGAGACCCUUGCCCGUUUUUACUACGAAGGCAAACACAACACGUCGAUCAAGGCUAAGGAGCGCCGUGAAGCUGUGAAGAAGGAAGCGGAGAACGCAGCUGCGCGAAAGCGCAAGGCCUCUGAUGAAGGCGACGGGGUCAGAGACACCAACAACGACGAUGAAGACGAACUGGAGCCUCAGCCGAAGAAGAGAAAGUACGGCAAGCGGGUCAACGUUGGUCCUAAGAUGGGACGCGAUGGUGGUGCUUGA